CAGAGACUGAACACCUACAUUGGCUUCUCCGUUUCCCUUCUUUCUUUUGAGGUACGAUGUUCUGCUCUUUUCUCCAUGUUUAUACAGAUGCUCGUGUGAGUUGGUAAGAUUUAGGAAUAUAAUUCGAAGAGAAUUAGCUUUCCGUCAGAUCUACCACAUCUCCCGAGUUCCUUUGAUGGGUUUCAUUCGUCCUCUGACCAUGAGAAACAGUCGGCACCUGGAAGGGAUGCUCAAUGACUAUGUCGUGGGUAAAUCGAGCAAGAUGAAGACUCCAAAGCUUGCUUCUUUCCGCCUCGUUGCAGCCCUGACCUGCCUUCAGUUCGCCUUCGCCAUGUACGCUACCUUCCUCUUGUAUCACAUGAGCUCCUCCGUCGGCGAACGCAGCGGAGCUGACUUCUCUUGGGCCUCCCGGAUCGCCCACCACUGGACGCAAUUCGUCGAACACUCGCACGCCCCGUCGAGCACCCAAGAGGUCCCUGCCGGCGACUUCCUCGCCGAGGUCUGUGAGCACGAAGAGAUCGAUUUCGUACAGAAGAAAUCGGACGAUGCGUUGAUGAUCAAGCUCAAGAGGGAGCUAUACGAUGAAGUGUUGGCAUUCCAGGAGGAGAGCUCGGGGACGGAGACGCUUGCCGAGCUUAUGAGGAUGGAGUCGAAAUGGAGCCCAAAGGGUCCUUCCAUCCCAAAGAUCACUGUCAUCUUGAACCAUUUCAAGAGGAAGACACUCUGUGCACAACUCGAUUCAUUGCUCAACCAGACACUGCCUUUCCACCAUGUUUGGGUGCUCUCUUUCGGCAGCCCAAGCGAGCUCUCACUGAGAAGGAUCGUGGAGAGCUACAACAACUCCAGAAUCAGCUUCAUCAGCUCGAGCUACGACUUCAAAUACUACGGAAGGUUUCAGAUGGCCCUGCAGACCGAGGCAGACUUCGUGUAUAUCCUGGAUGAUGACAUGAUCCCCGGCAAGAAAAUGCUGGAGAUCUUGUCCCAUGUUGCAGGGACUGACAAGUACAGGAACUCAGUCCUGGGGAGCAUUGGGAGAAUCUUACCUUUCAGGCAGAAGGACUUCACCUUUCCAAGUUACAGAAAGUUCCGUUCCAAGGAAGCAGGCCUCUACUUGCCCGAUCCUGCUUAUGACAUCACCGUGGACAAGAUUGUGCAGGUUGAUUUCCUGUCGAGCUCUUGGUUUCUAUCUGCAGAUCUUGUCAAGACGUUGUUUGUGGAGACACCCUUCACUUUCAUGACCGGUGAAGACCUGCAUCUCAGUUAUCAGCUUCAGAAGUACAGAAACGCUGGGUCGUAUGUGCUGCCUGUGGAUCCAAACGACAAGGAGACGUGGGGAGACAGCGAGCACAGGCUUGCUUACGUCUCUGAAACCACUGUCAUCUUCAAGGACAUCGUCCAGGUCAGGGAUGAUCAAUGGUGGCGGGCUUUGUCGACCGGUUAUAUUACUCAGUGGGCUGCAAUGAACCCUCAGAAGAUCGACGCUCUGUUUUACGCGCAUUCCCUCGAUGAAGUGAAGGCACUCUCCCCUCUUCUCGAGAAGUUCCGGAAGACGGUGGGGAGGAAGGCCUACAUUGCUGUCUCAGGCGGGGGUUCUUCCUGCUCCUGCGAGGGAGCUGUAGCUGUUCUCGGGUGGCCGAAGGUCGUGUGCAAGGAGAGGCGGUUCAAGAUCUUUGAUCUGGAAGUCGGAGCGAUCUCAGGCGUGUCGAACUCGGAGGUCCCGGUGGUUCAGGCUGUGUACUCGAGCUUGAAGGGGCUCCUCAAGAUCCACAACCCGAGUCUGCUGAUCGCGGUCGACGGCAUCGAUGCGAACGUCAAGAACGCGCUAAGAAUGGCGGCCGAAGGCAGCGCAAAUGGCACUGCUCUGGUUCUUCUGCCGAAGACCGCUGUGUCCAAGGCCUUGUGGAUGGCUGAUCUCCGGCCAACAGCAUUGCCGAAUUGGAACCGGAUGCGGAUCACCGUGAACAUCAUCACCCAGAACCGAGCAUCCUCUCUACAGAGACUUCUCAGAUCUCUGCAGCAGGCACAUUACCUCGGCGACGAGGUCCGCUUGAGCUUCAACAUGGACAGCAAAGUCGACGAGGAGACUCUCAAGGUCGUCGGGUCCUUCCGAUGGGCGCAAGGGCCAAAGCUGGUGCGGCGGCGUAUCAUCCAGGGCGGCCUGAUCCGGGCCGUGAGCGAGAGCUGGUACCCCUCCGACGACGACGAGUUUGGCCUCCUCCUCGAAGACGACAUCGAGGUCUCCCCCUACUACUACCUGUGGAUCAAGUACGCGCUCCUGGCUUACCACUACGACCCCCAGGUGUCGCUCCCCGAGCUCUCCUCGAUCUCCCUCUACACCCCCCGGCUCGUGGAGGUGGUGAAGGAGAGGCCCAAGUGGAACGCGACCGAGUUCUUCAAACGGAUCCACCCCAACACGCCGUACCUCCAUCAGCUCCCUUGCAGCUGGGGCGCGCUCUUCUUCCCCAAGCACUGGCGAGAGUUCUACGCCUACAUGAACGCCAGGUUCACCGACGACGCCAAGAACAACCCGGUGCAGAUUCCCAAGUCGAGGACCAACGGGUGGCAGGCUUCGUGGAAGAAGUUCCUCAUCGACAUGAUGUACCUAAGAGGGUACGUCAGUCUGUACCCCAACUUCCCGAGCCAAGCAAGCUUCUCCACCAACCACAUGGAGCCUGGCGCGCACAUCAGCGCCAACGGCAACGUGGUGAAGCAUAACAAGGAAGACUUCGAGGUGCCAUUGAUGGGGGACGACUUCACCAGCCUGCUGCCUGCGGGGAAGAUGCCUCCGGCCUCCAAGCUGCCGGUGCUCAACCUGUUCAACCAGGCAGCCUCCUUGAAAGGGCUGAAAGCGGCGGGUGCAAAGCUUGGACAGGAUGUGAUCGGCUGCGACAAGGCGGAGAUCGUCGUGGUUGAUGGGAGCACUGGUUUGCCGGGGAAUUGUUCGAGGUUCUGAAACAUGAAGCACUUAGCGUUCGUUGUUUGUUUAGGGAUUCCUUUUUUCCUUUGUAAUAAAUGUAGCAUUUUAUCUUGAUCGACAACAAAAUAAUAUCAUGAUAUAGUUCUUAAA